AUGGGCGACCCUUUUGGAAACGCAUGGAAACGCAACACUUGGGUUGACCCGAUUGACAGACUGGUUAUAUUCCAACAGGGUCUGAGACAAUAACAAGAGAGGGACCAUAACAACAACAACUGGAUGACAGCCGCACGUAUCGUCAACCUUCACCCAACCAACAUAUUGAUAAGAGAAAGGAUCACAACACGAGUUUAUGGAAGUCCGACAUGUUAUUUGCAUGGUAUCUGAUUUCUUCUAUCCUAAUGUUGGCGGAGUUGAGGAGCACAUCUUUCAGUUAUCACAGUGCCUGCUUCGCCGUGGCCACAAAGUCAUUGUUCUCACUCAUAUAUAUAAUGAUCGAAGAGGAAUCCGGUACAUGACCAAUGGACUCAAGAGCGUGUUUACGGAUCACUCACUUUUUGGCUUUGCUGAUAUGUCUGCCAUUGUGACAAACAACUUCCUAGCGCUUUCUCUGGCUGACGUCAAUCACUGCAUCUGUGUGUCUUAUGUUGGGAAAGAAAAUACUGUUCUGAGAGCCAACGUGGAUCCAAAGAAAGUAUCCGUCAUACCUAAUGCUUUGGACUCGCACAUAUUUAAGCCUGAUCCAUCAAAGAGACCUUCUGACAAAAUUAAUGUCAUUGUCAUGAGCCGUCUACAGUACAGAAAAGGAGUAGAUUUGCAGCCAGCCGUAAUAAGACACAUCUGUCGGCGAUACCCACAGGUAAACUUCAUAAUUGGUGGCGAUGGACCUAAAAGGAGUAUUCUAGAAGAAAUUCGAGAUGAAGUAGGAAAUGAACGUCUAAAACUUGUUGGAGCUGUACCUCAUGCCGAGGUUCAUGGGUUACUGGUCCAGGGACACAUAUUUCUCAAUACUUCUCUUACUGAGGCCUUCUGUAUAGCAAUCUGUGAAGCUGUUUGCUCUGGAUUGCAAGUUGUGAGUACAAAUGUUGGGGGCAUCCCAGAGGUUCUGCCAUCUCACCUCAUCCAUCUGGCUCAUCCAACUGUGCAAAGUUUGACAGAAAAAUUGGAAUAUGCAAUUGAAAUGGAGCUGAAUGGGAAAAGACUUGAUCCCUGGCAAAUGCAUGAGGAAACGAAAAAUAUAUACUUGUGGUCAGAUGUAGUACAGAGGACAGAAAUCAUAUACAACAAAGUUCACCUGGAAGAGUCAAGUGCUGAUCUCAUUCAGCGUAUUCCAAGAUACAAGAAAUGUGGUCUUGUAGCAGGAUGGUUCAUGAUGUUUCUUGUGACACUUCAGUUCUUUAUCCUCAAGAUGUGUGACAGACUAUGGCCAUCCAAAGACAUAGAUAUUGCAGUUGAUUAUCCAGUGAAUACAAGAAGGCACUUUCCUGAAAAAGAUAAUGAAAGAAAUAUUAAUUUUUCAUUAUCUAAUGUUGGAAAUGGAAUACACUGCCAUCGGUUUCUUGAAGAAGACAAUUAAAUGAAGAUGAUUAUACAACAGACUCAACAGGCAACAAAUUAGAAUAUCACUAUAUUUAUACUAAAAGAUGUAAAUUUGAUAUGGUUUGGUUAAAGAAUUUUAAAUGUUCUUUAAGACAGCUGUGAUGAUGACUAAACUAUAUAACCUAUAGUUAAUAUAUACUUUUGUAGUUGUA